CAUAACAAAAGUACCUGGUACCACGUUUCUGGACUCGACACGAACGUGGUUUUCUAAAAGGUAGAUGAUCAAACGGCAGACUGUCGACACACUACAGCUGAUCUAACAGCAUUAUCACAACAAAUAUUUGUUGGUGAAAGACACAUCACCAUGGCAACCAGAUGGGGAAUCCUUAGUGCUGGGGCGAUAUCCCAUGACUUCACCUCAGCUCUUGUCAGUCAAAACCCAGAGGAGCAUCAGGUAGUUGCGGUAGCUGCCCGAUCAGCUGACAGAGCCAAGGAAUUUGCCGACAAGUUUGGGAUAAAGUCUUCCUAUGGAAGUUAUGAAGAGCUUGUGAAGGACCCUGAUGUUGACAUUGUUUACAUUGGGGCCAUCCAUCCAGAACACUAUAAGCAGUGUCUGUUGUGUCUUGGUGCUGGCAAACAUGUCUUGUGUGAGAAACCAUUGACCUUGACCUCGGUACAGACCAAGGAAGUGUUGAGGACAGCUAAAGAGAAGAAGCUGUUUUUCAUGGAAGGCUUUUGGAGUCGAUUCUUUCCUGUUUAUGAGAAAGUACGUGAAGAACUAUCUUCCAACUCCAUUGGCGACGUAGUCCUGACGCAGAAUUCCUUCUGCGUCAACAUCUACAACAUGGCUCGCGUCAACGACAAGAAGCUGGGUGGGGGCGGACUCAUGGACAUUGGCUGUUACUGUGUCAUGACAGCUGACAUGAUCUUCAAGGAAAGGCCUGAGAAGGUCAUCGCAGAAGGAGAGGUCACUGAUGAUGGAGUAGAUGCAGGAGGAGUCAUAACUCUGAGGUUCAGUGGGGACCGUAUCGCCAGUAUUGUGUAUCAUACUAAGACCCAGAGCAGCUCCAACUCACUGCUAAUAUGUGGAACCAAAGGUUGUAUCAAAGUAGAGGACAAGUUCUGGUGCCCUACAAAGAUGACAACGCCAUCAGGGGGUGUUUGAGUUCCCAAUUCCUGAAUGUAAAGAAAAGAUGAAUUUCUCUAACAGUGAGGGAUUUCAGUAUGAGCAGAGAUGUGUUAGAGAAUGUCUCAAGAAAGGUGAGCUUGAAUGUCCACUGAUGAACCAUGCAAGUUCUGAGAACAUCAUCUACAUCAUAGAGACAGCGCUUCAGCAGAUGGGAGUACAGUAUUGUACUUAAGCAUAUGAGAGUACAGUAUAGUGCUUAAGCAUAUGAGAGUACAGUAUAGUGCUUAAGCAGAGGGGAGUUCAGUUUGGUGCUUAAGCAUAUGAGAGUACAUUAUAGUGCUUAAGCAGAUGGGUUUACAGUAUGGUGCUUAAGCAUGUGAGAGUACAGUAUAGUGCUUCAGCAGAUGGGAGUACAGUAUGGCGCUUAAGCAGAGGGGAGUACAUUGUUGUGCUUAAGCAGAUAUGUGUACAGUAUAGACUUAAGCAGGGGGGAGUACAGUAUAGUGCUUAAGCAGAGGGGAGUACAGUAUAGAGCUUAAGCAGAGGGGAGUACAGUUUGGUGCAUAAGUAGAGGGGAGUACAGUUUUGUUCAACCAAUAACUUUAUGAUUAUUUAAUGGAUUGUUUUUAGGUUUGGAUAAUGGCUUCUUUGCUUAAAGUAAAGGUGCAGCGCAAACUUUGAUUCAGUUUUGUCAAGAAUAAUCAUUAUUAAAAGUUGUACUAAUUAGUGGUGUUCCGAUGAUCUAAAAAAAAAUCGAAAAUUGAUCGAAAGAAGGAUUAAAAAUGAUUAUCGAUUGUAAUAAAAAUAUUUUUUUUUGAUUAA